AUGGAUGUUGGACAACUGGUUCGAAUCGAUACUAGCGGGGGGAAACGAAGUUGGCCGGAAUGUCAACACUUCUUUGAUUUUGUCAACCAUGCUAAGAUUGAGAAUUUCAGCUGUGAUGUAUUUGUCAAAAAAGUGCUGGGUCAUCCGUUUUUGUUAAAAGCUGAUCAAAGGAUGCGUCUCUUUGAUCAUUAUGACACUACGAGGAAUUGUCCAACUACUGCUCGACGUGUCAACUUCGCUUUGGCAUUAUCCGCUUUUGAUAAUUUCAAAUCCUGGAACUCUACUUCAACCGUUAAUAACAUGGAUGGCUUUAUGUUGGGUGUUUAUAACCACUCCGCAUCAACAAAAAAACAACAAAAAAAGAAAGCAAAUUACUCUGGGACUGUGAGCAGUCUUCUUAGGUACCUCAGGAAUCUGAAUCAUCAUUAUCAUAAACAUGGUUUGGCUGCUGGUUCUCUGGAGGAUGUGGAACGUGGUGCUACAACACAUUUUCGUGGGUUUUUGGAGCUGCUUUACAGGCAUUUAGAAUUAUAG